AUGGCUGAGUGCAUCAAUAACCUGACCAACUUGCUCAACAGAUGGAUAAAGGAAAUGGACACCCCUAACUACAACCCCAUACCUACGUUGAUCAAAUUAUGUGAAUUAUUUGAAGAAGAAAUCAAAAAUUAUAAUAUGAAAUACCCGGAUCCUACUGAUGAACGCCAUCCAUCUGAAAUAGAUCCAACUGGUGCAUUGGAUCGGAUGUAUAAGAUUCUGUUUGACCAUUCUUUGGACCAUUCUUUAAUGGAAAAAUUAUUAAUGGUUUAUUUAAAAGAAAAUUAUUGGCCAACUAUAGAUUUAAAUGUUGCUGCAUGUAGGCUUAUGAUAAACCUCAUUCAUCAUAACGUGAUAUAUGAGUUAGAAACACCUGUUGUUUUGGAAAAUCAUGAACUUAUUGAUAGUCUAUUCAGUUGGUCAGAAGAUACUAGUGAACCAUUGCAAACUUAUGCAACGGGAUUAUUGGCAUCUUGUAUGGAGUUACCAUUAAUUUCUGAUCAAUUAAAGGAACGUAAUAAUAAACUUGUCCCAUUUAUAUUGGAUCGUCUACAUUCAUAUUAUACUCAGUUUUGCGAAGAAAAUAAAAUCAAUCAAAGCACAGAGCUAUAUCAAAAUACAAAUAGUGAUCAGCCCAAUAAUCAUUAUAUAGGUGCUUCAUCUCCAAAAAUAAGAAAAAGAAAAAAAAAUGGUAUUUGUAAUUCAUCCUCUAUUGAGUCUAAAGCAAGCAACUGGAUACAAAUCUAUCCACCUACUUUGUCAACAAAAUUGGUUUACUGUCUCAAAUAUUUAGUGUCAAUUGGAGAAAAUCAAGCGUUCUUAAGCCAUGCCUACAAGAAAGAUGCAAUCAACCUAGUUAUGAAAAUAAUUAAUUAUUCAGAAAAAAAAAAUGAUUAUUUAACUUUUGUAGCAUUCAAAUACUUAGCUGUUCUAUUAUGCCAUAAGCAAAUUGCCACAGAAUUUAUUGAUGCUCAAGGAUUACAAAAAUUACUUUUAAUUCCAAAACCUAGUAUUCUAUCCAAUGGUGUUUCAAUUUGCUUUAAAUAUUUGUCAUAUUGUGAAGAAGCAAUGGAAAGGAUUUGUCUUUUAUCUGAACAAGUCCUUAUUGAUCUUGUAAAGUGUGGACUUUGGAUGUUGGAGUGUUCUCAUGAUGCCAGUAGAUGGCAUGCAACUAUGUUCUUCAAUUAUAGUUUUCAUUUUAGAGUUAUUCAAGAAAUAUUUGAUAGCCAUGAUGGAUUACGUAAGAUUUUUAAUGUGGCCAAUUCUUUGACUUUUCUUCCAUCUCAAUGUAUAGAAUUUAGUACACGUUUUGAAAGUACAAAAUAUUGUCCAAGACAAAUGUAUCGUUGUGUCUGUGCUGGUUUGAAACAUUACUUCGAAGCACAUUUAUAUAUAAAAGCACAGCAAAUACGUAGAGAAAAAAUUUUAGAUUCUGUUCAAAUUAUUCCAUCAACAAAGUCUACAAAACAAUCUCGUGCUAAAGUCCAAGAAGAUGUAAAGCUAUUAUCAAAUAGUAUGUCCCUGGAAAACCAUUGGACACCAAUUGAUCAAUUUCUUAAAUUGGGUGGAUUAAAGUUUUUAUUGCAAAUAAUUAGUGUGGCCAGUAAUAGGAAUUUUUUCGUAACACGUGGAGUCAUUCAAAAUGCACUUGAAGUAUUAAACAUAUGUGCUGUAUUACCAAAAGUUCAAUUGGCAUUAUGUGAAAUACCAUCAUUUGAAGUUCAAAUAGAUAAUCAAAAUGGUACCUCAAUAGUGGAAGAAGAUGACCCACGAGCUGAUAAUAUCAAUUGUGGAUUGGAUAUUAUUAUAAAAGCAGCAAAAGGAGAUCAUUUAGAUGCUAAUAUUAAAAAAGCUGCACUUUCUGUCAUUAUAACUUGUGUUUGUACAGAAAUACAUAGGGAAGGUAAUGAAGCUGUGAUUAAAAAAAGUUGGGAUUGUUUUAGAAAAUAUAAUGGAAUUAUGGUUUUACUUAAUUUAAUUACUAUACAAACACCAAAUGAUGAUUCUGAUGCUCUCCGAGGAUUAGCAAGUUGUGCAUUAGCUGGAUUGGCUCGCAGUGAAUCGAUUUGCCAAAUUUUCAACAAAUUGCCUUUAUUUAGCAGUGGCGACUUACUAAGUUUAAUGAAAAAUCCUGUAAUGCAAGUAAAUCUUCAAGAACAUGCGACAUUUCAAAAAUAUGGUUCAAAGUUAAUAGAAUUGGUUUUGGGGAAAACAAUAAGUAAUGGAGCUGAAAUAGAAACAUCAUUGGCAAAUACAAAACAAGCAAACAUUGUUGCACAAACUAAAAUUAAUUUUGAUGGAAAACAAUUGGACCUUAUAGUGUAUAAAUAUUUAAUGGAAAAAGGUUAUUCAGCAACUGCAAAAUCAUUAGUACAAGUUGCAAAUCUUAAUAUAGCUAAAAAAAAGUCCCAUCACCGUAAUCGGCCGAUUGGAGGAGGAAUAUUACCAAAAAGUUCUAAACAUCCGAUUCAGAACCAAAAAUCUGAAUUAUUCAAUUUAGCAAAUGGUCCUUUAGGUUCUGAAUAUAGUGCCAAAAGAAUAAGUUUGAAUGUCAAUAGACGAUCAGAAAAUCAUCCAAAAUCAGAGUCAAAACAAGAACUUGUGUCAACUAUUUCUAAAUCAGUUCACAAAAAAAUUAACCAAGAUUUAACAUUACUUACUGAUAAUACUACUAACUCAAAGAUUAGCUUGGAAUCUAUUGUUACAGAAUACUUAACCAAUCAACAUGCUUCAUGUAAACAUCCUAUAGUUACAUGUCCUAAAUUCGACUUAUUUGUUCCACACAAAUGUCCUGAUCCUAAUCCAAGGAGCUCAAUGUUUACAAACCUUGCUUUUCGAGUUUCCAAAAAUAUACAUUCUAGAAAACUAAACCAAAGACUAAUACACAGUCGCUUUUGUCCAACCGGCCAUUUUAGCAUGAAUGAUGAAUAUGCAUAUUUCACUUGUUGCGAGUUUUUAAGCCAAAAUCGAAUUGCUAUUGGGACAACCUAUGGUGAAAUAAGAGUAUUCAAUUUAUUUACUUCUCAAGCAGAAUUAUCAUUUCCAGCCCACGAGUCUUAUAUUAAAGACUUACAAUGCACUAAUAAUAAAAGGAUAUUGUUAUCAUCUGCUUUGCAGGGAGAGUCUUUAACAUCUGUUUGGUCUAUAACUGAAAAUGCAAUCAAUAUUAAAUAUUCUUUGGACAAUGAAGAAUACUGCACUUUUAGCAAUUAUGACCAAAAUAAAAUACUUGGGACUAGAGCAAAAAUAGCAACAAUAUAUGAUUUAGAAACUAGUAAAAGAAUAUUAUCAUUAGUGCCAAGAUAUUCAAAUGAGUAUAAAAGAAAUAAAGCAGCAUUUGAUGCUACAAAUGAAUUAGUGCUAUCAGAUGGUGUAUUAUGGGAUGCCAACGCUGGAAAAGAAAUCCACAAGUUUGAUAAAAUGAAUGAAUUUGUGAGUGGAAUUUUCCAUCCAAAUGGACUUGAGAUUAUAUCAAAUACAGAAGUCUGGGAUAUACGCACAUUUCAGUUGUUGCGAACAGUUUCAAGUCUUAAUCAAUGUGAUGUGAUAUUCUCAAAAUCAGGAGAAGGGAUGUAUACUUUAUAUAACAAUAACGAAGAAAUUAAAUGGUCUGACAAAACUUCAUUUAAAACUUUAGAUCCUAAUGACUACUCAAAUAUAGCCACUGUUGAUGUUAAAAAAUUAAUAUAUUAUAUGGCUUGCAAUAGUUUUGAUACUCAAAUAGCUAUUGUUGAGAAUCAAAGAAUGCCUUCCAAUAUUUGUGAGUCAAUUGUACAAUUAUAUGAUGUUGGUAGAUCUAGAACCAAAGAUGAAGCUGUUGAAAAAGAAGACGAUGACCUGCAAAAUUAA